AUGUAUGCUGUCACCAUCAGUGCACCCCGCGUGUUAGGUGCCGUGCCGGAUGAUGUCGGUGAGAAGAGCCAUUGGCUGAGAGAUGAAGCCGGGAAAGGCGAAGCGAAGGGAUAUGUGAAUCCCUGGAAGAGUGCUCACGACUUCUCUUUUCCAGAAAUAUUCAGGGCCAUGGUCCGACACAAGUUCUUCUCCGGAGACAGCCAGAGACCGGAUACCACGCCGCCAACUGUUUCGGUGAUUAAACCUAAGUUUCUCCCAUCUAGGAAAAGCUCAGAGGCCCUACGUGGUACAUGGUUAGGUCACGCAUGCUACUACAUUGAGUUUCCAACUGGCCUACGGGUUCUUUUUGAUCCUGUCUUCGAAGAUCGCUGUUCCCCGUUCUCCUGGUUCGGUCACAAGCGGUUCACACCCAGACCGUGUGAUAUCUCUGACAUCCCCAGCAUUGAUUGUGUUAUCAUAAGUCACUCCCACUAUGACCACCUUUCUCACCUCACCAUUCUCGAAAUCCAAAAGCGUCAUUCUUCGGUCCAAUUCUUUGUUCCAAAGGGUCUCAAAAGAUGGUUCACAGACUGCGGCAUCAAAAAUGCCGUAGAGCUUGACUGGUGGGAAGAUGUUGAUAUCACAUUGUCCAGAUCAACGGAUACAAAGGCUUUGGCAAAUUCUUCAGACUCUGGUCGCUCAAACGAUGAUAUUACGGCGAGGAUUUCUUGUCUCCCUUGCCAACAUACCUCUGCGCGUACUCCUUUUGAUAAAUCGACUACUUUGUGGGCUUCAUGGGCGGUUUCUUCAGGAGGCAAGUCCGUGUACUUUGCUGGUGACACCGGCUAUCGCACAGUUCCAUACUUGCCCAAAGGGAUCGAUGACUGGGGCCCAGAGUUUGCUCAUCUUCCCGUAUGUCCUGCGUUCAAGCAAAUUGGCACACUUCGUGGUCCUUUUGAUCUGGGAUUAAUCCCUAUCGGAGCGUAUAAGCCAAGGCAUGUUUUGAGUCCCGUCCAUUCCAAUCCGUACGACUCCGUCGAGAUAUUCAAAGAUACGAACUGUAAAAAGGCGAUGGGGAUCCACUGGGGAACAUGGGCAGUUGCUGAAGAGAAUGUAUUAGAGCCACCAAAAUUACUCAAGAAAGCCUUGGCUAAAAGCGGGCUUGGAGAGACUGGGGUUUUUGACGUUUGUAGUAUUGGGGAGAGCAGGGAGUUUUGA